CCUCUGCAACAAGUGGGCGGAUCUGGUGAACUACCACCCACGCAUAGCACACGCCUACUUUAUGGGUGUGGUCUAAACGUGGUGGAAACGCAAAAAAUGAGUAAAAGAUCUUUAUCAUCUUCUGGCCCUGAAGAGAAGAAGCAGAGGAGGCUAGAGGAAGAGCCUCGUGAUUUAGAAGAGGAUGAACAUUUUGUACCAUACGUUCCACUGAGGGAAAGAAGAAAAAAAGAGCUAGAGAAAUUGGAAAAAUUUAAACAAAAGAGGUCGAGAUUUGAAGAACAAGAAAAACCCAAGGAGACGACAGGUGGGCCUGAGGAGGCGGAGCCUGAGAUUGGCCCAAGAUCAAAAGUCAGUUUACUGGACCAGCACUCGGAACUGAAGAAAAAAGCUGAAGCUCAUAAAGUUUCUGAACUCGACAAACAAAAAGAAGAGGAAGAGAAGAUCCUACACAAUAUCCAAGAGACGAGAGCCUUGAUGAGCGUGGGCGAAUUAGCAAAGGGUGUGGUUUACAAGGAGUCUCUAGUGACAGGAUGGAGGCCUCCUCAUUAUAUUAAUGUAGCGUCUAAAGGACGUCACGAGAGGAUUAGGAAGAAAUGGCACAUACUGACGGAAGGAGAGAACCUUCCACCGCCUAUAAAAACCUUUAAAGAAAUGAAGUUCCCUCGUCCAAUAUUGACUGCUCUAAAGAAGAAAGGCAUAACAAGACCAACGCCAAUACAGAUCCAAGGACUACCCACAGCUUUGUCAGGUAGAGACAUGAUUGGUAUCGCAUUCACUGGCUCUGGGAAGACACUAGUAUUCACUCUUCCAAUUGUGAUGUUCUGUUUGGAGCAAGAGAAGAAGCUACCAUUUGCUCCUGGAGAGGGUCCCUUUGGUCUUGUUAUAUGCCCUUCGAGAGAACUGGCCAAUCAGACAUUUGAUGUUGUGAAAGAUUUCACAAGUCACUUACAAGCCGAGGGUUAUCCUGUGGUCCGCCCCCUUCUCUGCAUAGGGGGAGUCCCUAUGAAGGACCAGAUCGACAGACUCAAAAGAGGGGUCCAUAUUGUUGUUGCUACCCCAGGACGACUGAUGGAUCUUCUUGAUAAAAAGAUAAUGAAUCUUGAUGUGUGCAGGUAUCUGUCACUGGAUGAAGCAGACAGGAUGAUUGAUUUAGGAUUUGAGGAAGACAUUCGGACAAUAUUUUCAUAUUUCAAGUGUCAAAGGCAGACCCUUCUGUUCAGUGCUACGAUGCCAAAGAAGAUUCAAAACUUUGCCAGGAGUGCACUGGUCCAACCAGUUACUAUUAAUGUGGGCAGAGCAGGUGCUGCUAACCUGGACGUCAUUCAAGAGGUGGAGUAUGUCAAACAGGAGGCCAAAGUUCUUUAUUUGUUGGAGUGUCUGCAGAAAACCCCGCCACCAGUGUUGAUAUUUUCUGAGAAGAAAUCAGAAGUUGAUGACAUACAUGAGUACUUGCUGUUGAAAGGUGUUCAAGCAGUUGCUAUUCAUGGAGGAAAAGAUCAAGAGGAUAGACAGUGGGCGGUGAGAGAGUUUAAAGAGCUAAGGAAAGACGUGCUGGUUGCUACAGACAUUGCCUCUAAGGGACUUGAUUUCAAUAACAUUCAACACGUCAUUAAUUACGACAUGCCUAAUGAUAUAGAGAAUUACGUGCAUAGGAUCGGUAGGACAGGCAGAUGUGGAAAGACUGGAAUAGCCACUACCUUCAUAAACAAGGCUUGUGAGGAGUCGGUCUUACGUGAUUUAAAGGCUCUACUAAUGGAAGCUAAGCAGAGAGUGCCACCAUUUCUUACUGCCAUUGAUUCUCUUAAUGAUGACCUGGUGGACCUUGGAGAUGAUCAUGGUUGUGCUUAUUGUGGUGGUUUGGGUCACAGGAUCACUGACUGUCCUAAACUUGAGGCAGUCCAACAGAAGCAGGCCGGUACUAUUGGCAGGAAGGAUUACCUUGCUUCAUCUGCAGCUGAUUGGUAGCAGACACUUCUUUCUCCUCCUCCUCUUUCUCUCCAUCCAUCUCUACUUCUUUAUCUUGUCAUCUGUUAAUCUUUCUCAUCAUAAAAUAAUAAUAACAAUAAAUAAUUGUUGUCUUCUAUUGAAAGCAAUAACAACAACAAUAAACAGCAAAAUAUUAAGAAUAUAAAGCAUGUUCUAUCAACACGUACAAUGUUCCUUCUCAUUAUGAGUUUUCACAAA